GCAGAGGAGCCAAUCCCAUUGAACAUCAUGACCUCCCUAGAACAAGAGCAUUUAUGACACUUUAAACUGUGUAGUUUCCUGGAAAUUAUUGUGUGUGGGGUGAUGUAGGAAUCACUUUACCUUUAAAGCAUACAUUCAUUAUAUCUUACGUACUCUUUGGUUCUACCAAAUCUAAUCCAAUGGCUUCCACUUUAAUUUGUUGUUAGAUAAACCAAAGGAAUCAUAUUCUUUCCUUCCUUUAAUUUCCUCCCCUUUUCUCCUUUAACCACUAAUAAAGUCUUGUGAGUAGUAGUAAGUACUUAAAACAUUUUUUUAAAUGGGUAACAUUUUCAGUUCAACAUUUGUUAAAAAAAGUGUUCCUAAAGGUUUAAAUGAUAAUUCCAGUUCUUCUUCUUCUUCUACUUCUAGGAGAAAGAGGAGUCUGUCGCGGUCGAUUUCUUCUAAUAAUUCUUUUGAGAAGAAGGUAUUAAGUAACAGCAAAAAGGAACUUAGCAAGAUGAUGGAGAAUAAGAAGAGGGGCAAGUAUUACUAUAUUCCUGAUAAUUUCAAAUCACUUGAUCAGGUGACUUUGGCCCUGAGAGAAUCAGGUUUGGAGUCAUCAAAUUUGAUUAUUGGGAUAGAUUUCACGAAAAGCAACGAAUGGACAGGUAAAGUUUCGUUCAACAACAGAAGCUUGCAUGCAAUAGGCGAAUUAGUCAAUCCAUAUGAGAAAGCCAUAUCUAUCAUUGGAAAGACAUUAUCUCCAUUCGAUGAGGACAAUUUAAUUCCUUGUUUUGGAUUUGGUGAUGUGACCACGCAUGAUCAAGACGUGUUUAGCUUUCACAGCGAUCACUCUCCUUGCCAUGGAUUUGAAGAAGUCCUAGCUUGCUACAAGAAAAUAGUUCCAAAUCUGCAAUUAUCCGGACCAACAUCGUACGGGCCAGUAAUAGAUGCUGCAGUAGAUAUAGUAGAGAGAACUGGUGGACAAUACCAUGUGUUGGUUAUCAUCGCUGAUGGACAGGUUACCAGGAGUGUCAACACAAGUGAUUCGGAACUCAGCCCACAAGAAGACAACACAAUUAAGUCUAUUGUUACUGCAAGCAUGUAUCCUCUCUCUAUCGUUCUUGUUGGAGUUGGCGAUGGACCUUGGGAAGACAUGCAAAAAUUUGAUGACCGUAUACCUGCUCGUGAAAUUGAUAAUUUUCAGUUUGUGAAUUUCACCGCUAUCGUGAACAAACAUUCAACUGAUUCGGAAAAAGAAGCUGCAUUCGCUCUUGCUGCACUCAUGGAGAUCCCUAUCCAAUAUAAAGCAGCUAGAGAACUCGGUCUGCUUGGAAAAAGAACAGGCAAGGCAAAAAAGAUUGUUCCAAAGCCACCUCCUAUCUCUUAUCGUCGCCCCAUGAGAAUCCCAACUCAAGAUCAAAGCAGUAGUCUUUCAGGAUCCGCGCAAAAUGAACACAGUCAAGUUUGCCCAGUUUGUCUAACUGGUACUAAGGACAUGGCUUUUGGUUGUGGACACAUGACCUGCAGAGAAUGUGCUCCAAGAUUAUCAGAUUGUCCCAUAUGUCGUCGACGUAUAACUAGCCGUAUACGGUUAUACACUUGAUAUACCAAAUAACAAGUGUAUGUACAUAUACAUGUAUUUUAUCGAGUUUAACUUGUAUACCUCGAUGGUGUAAAGAACGUUUACACUAUAUCAAGUUACUUUUACGUAUUGUAGUAGGUAAUUUGUCUUAAUUUUAAGGUUAUUUGUAGAUAUCUUUUGGUAACUUGAUGGCGUAAUCUUUCUGUUGUUGGUAUUAUUAUUACUAUUAUAUAAGUUAAAAAGUCUAUUAUCUUGUUA